AUGUCUAAUCAUAAGUCCUUUUUUGCAUCAUUAAGUAAUCAAGUGAUCUUUUUUUCUUACCAUCUUGCUUCUUCUUGUCGUUUCAUAUAAAACACAUCAUAGUUUUCUUUAUUGUUCCAUUUGAUAACUAGGUUAAGAUUGCCCUACUAUGACUAUCAUGGUAGAUUAGAAUUUUAAAAGCAUCAACUUUUUUGCUUCUUUGGUAAAUUUAAAAAACGUUUUAUCUGUAAUCAAGAGAGCAUUUUCCAUUUCAAAUUCAAUGUCAUCACUUUUAUCCAUCUCCUUCUUUUUCGAAAGACUUUACUAUAUAAAUUGAAUCCUACUUUAGGUUUAGCACUUUCAAUAAAGUUGGCUUCUUAAAGAAGAACAAUUUUAGGCUUUCUAAAAUUACCCUACUUUCUCUGUGAAAAACCUUUAGUGUUCCACGAAAGAUUUAGACCUGCUGAUAUUUCGAUAUUCUUUAUAGUAGUCAGAUGGGUUUGUACUGAACCUAUCCAAAACAGGUACACUCCUUCCUAAUUCAUCUUCUUUCCAUCGUACUUCUUUCUAUGCCAAACAAAGGUCCACAACUCAUACCCUACAGGUUAAAGAAGACAUGUUUAGAGCCAAGAUAAACUUUUUGAAUUCCCUCAAGAUGACGGAGGGCUCUCAAAAAAAUAUGAAAAUUCUUCAAUUCCUAAAACUCAUGUUAAAAAUCAGGCUAAUGAAAUUUAAAAGGGAUUUUUUAUAUGUUUCUAUUAAUUUAAAAUACAACUAUCUUCUUUUUUAAUUUAAAAUCAAUCAAUAAAGAUAAAAGGAGUCCUAUUCACUUUGUGA